CCCCGAUGCUUUGGUGUAAUCCUGAAGGCAUUGGUGUGUGCCUCAUUUAUUUGAACAGAAUAACAAUGGCAGCAACAAAGCUAAACCCUUGACAGACAAAAACACUUCACAAAAAUGGCAACACUGACAUGCUACUCCUCAUGUACUUCACCUCCAGUACCAAAACCCAUCUCAAAAUCUUCACUUCCUUUGCUCCUUAACAUCCCAAAUCCACAAAUUUAUACUAAACAUUCCUCUACCCUAUCAAUUUCCUCAAACCAAAAAUGGAUACACAGACCUCCCAUUAAUCUUCAAUGUUCAAACUUCAACACAGCUUCCUCCUUUACAUUUCAAGAAUCAGAAUUAGAAACCGAAAACGAAACUGAAACUGAAAAAGAUGAAGAAGGAGAUGACGGGGUUACAUCAAUUUCCAAGAUUCCAGUGAAGAGGAAAAGGAGGAGGUAUAGGAAGCAAUACCCAGGUGAGAAAAAGGGUAUUACUGAAGAGAUGAGAUUUGUUGCAAUGAAACUUCGUAAUUCUAAAGGCAAAAAAAUAUCAGAGAGUGAUGAUGAAAUGAAAGAUAGUGAUGGGUAUGAGUCAGAAGAGAAUGAUGAGGAUGAUAAUGGUGGUGGUGGGGAGACUUGGGAGCCAAGUAUGGAAGGGUUUAUUAAGUAUCUUGUUGAUAGUAAGCUUGUUUUUAGUACAAUUGAGCGAAUUGUUGAUGAGUCCAGUGAUGUUUCUUAUGCCUACUUCAGACGGACUGGAUUGGAGCGAGCAGAAUGUAUAUCCAAAGACCUAGAAUGGUUUACCCAACAGGGUCAUGAAAUUCCUGAACCGAGCAAUGCUGGAGUCAGUUAUGCCAAUUAUCUGGAGGAACUGGCAGAAAAGACUCCUCGUUUAUUUCUAUCCCAUUUCUACAACAUUUAUUUCUCGCACAUAGCAGGAGGUCAAGUCAUAGCCAAAAAGGCCUUUGAGAAACUCUUAGAGGAAAAAGAAUUGGAAUUCUACAAGUGGGAGGGGGAUGAACAAGAGUUGUUGCGAAGUGUGCGUGAAAGUUUUAACAUGCUGGCAAAGCAUUGGUCUAGAGAUGACAAGAAUAAGUGCCUGAGAGAAGUAACCAAGGCAUUCCGGUUUAUGGGUCAGAUUGUUCGGCUAAUUAUCAUCCUGUAAACCAUCCCAGUUCAAAGGUUUAACUUGGUUUCUAAAUGUUGAGGCCACUUCAAUCCUAAACUAACUGCUUUUCUAAUGCAAUGUUUAUUUCAUUCCAUAUAACAUGUCAUGUGAAUAUGUUCUAUCAGUAGGAGCUGAUUAGUAUGCCGAGAAAGUGAUUUAAAUAUUCAUUAUUUCUUCAUUUUGUUGCUCUAUGUUUUGGUUUGAUUAUCUUUUAAUGGUACUGGUACAUCCUGAUUGUCAUCUCUAGUGGAAUGAAUAUGUUAUUAAUGGAAAUCAUUGUUUCUCUUAUUAGUAUCGAUUUGGGUAUUAUUUUCUGCCAAUUUAGAAGGGGCAGUGAUAUCAGUGAGAGCUACAGCAUGUCCUUCAAGGGAAUGGGGCGUACUUUGAACUUAUAUGCAAUUCCCUCUCGCUGCUCCUAUUUUUAUGCACUCUAAUUUUUUUUAGCCUUUUAAUCCUUUUCCAUGUUUUCAUAGCUGCUGGAAAGCACGUGCUUUGGUUGGCUGAUCCUCUUCCUAAGCUACUAUAAUUCUAUUUCUCAACUUACUUUGUUCCUAAUGGACAUCUAUCUCCUUUCAUGGCAAAUGGGCAGCUGGCUCACAAGUUGCAUGGUCACGAAUAACUUUUGCAUUUUUGUGCAUCAAAUUGGAUAGAUUGACAACUGAGAGGAAAAUCGUUGAUCACGUUCAUCAAGCUGCAGACGGGUGUAUAUGGCCCCAUCUUUCCCUGGUCUUCUGGUUUUCAUUUGCAGAGUUCUCGGGAGCAUUCUAAACUUGGAGAUAUGUUACUUCUCUAGAAUCUCUUUAUUUUCCUUUAGAAGAGGUCCAUAUGGGAGUUGGGUGGAAUGAAUUUUAUGGUAUGUAUAUUGAAAAAGGUGUGCAGAAUCCAGCCAUGGAAGUAUUUCAAUGGGGAAACAGGAGAGAACCAAUAGUUAAUAUAUGUGCUUCAAGGAGGUGGAAAUCAAAAUCCAGGAUGUAACCAAUUUAGAGCCAUUUAUUUGGCAAAUGCAAUAUUUGGGAUUUGAUACGGAGGAAGAGUAAUUGUAAUUGUGUUUCCUUUUACACGGCUAAGUGUUCACAUAGUCUCUGCGAAUGCAAUAUUACAAGGUCUUGGAAUA